GCGACCAUCCCUACCUCGCGCCUCAGCCCAGUGCGUCUACAUACUCCGAGGCCCAGCCCCCUUCGCUCGAGUCCCUCAGUCAGAGAGGACGCGCCGCCAGGAUGUCGGACAAACUGCCCUACAAAGUCGCUGACAUCAGCCUGGCCUCCUGGGGACGCAAGGCGCUGGACAUCGCAGAGAAUGAGAUGCCCGGCCUGAUGCGGAUGCGCGAGAUGUACACGGCCUCCAAGCCACUGAAGGGCGCCCGCAUCGCCGGCUGCCUGCACAUGACGGUGGAGACGGCAGUCCUCAUCGAGACGCUUGUCGCCCUGGGCGCUGAGGUACAGUGGUCCAGCUGCAACAUCUUUUCCACACAGGACCAUGCAGCAGCUGCUAUUGCCAAGGCAGGUAUUCCAGUGUAUGCCUGGAAGGGUGAAACAGACGAGGAGUACCUGUGGUGCAUUGAACAGACGCUGUACUUCAAGGAUGGACCCCUCAACAUGAUCCUGGAUGAUGGUGGUGAUCUUACCAAUCUCAUUCAUACCAAGUACCCACAACUUCUCUCAGGCAUCCGAGGCAUCUCCGAGGAGACCACAACUGGGGUCCACAACCUGUACAAGAUGAUGGCUAACGGGGUCCUGAAGGUGCCUGCCAUCAACGUCAAUGACUCCGUCACCAAGAGCAAGUUUGAUAACCUCUAUGGCUGUCGGGAAUCCCUCAUAGAUGGCAUCAAGCGAGCCACAGACGUGAUGAUUGCAGGCAAGGUGGCAGUGGUAGCAGGCUACGGAGAUGUGGGCAAAGGCUGUGCGCAGGCCCUGAGGGGUUUCGGGGCCCGUGUUAUCAUCACUGAGAUCGACCCCAUCAAUGCACUGCAGGCUUCCAUGGAGGGCUAUGAGGUGACGACCAUGGAUGAGGCUUGUAAGGAGGGCAACAUCUUUGUCACCACAACUGGCUGUGUUGACAUCAUCCUUGGCCGACACUUUGAGCAGAUGAAGGAUGAUGCCAUUGUGUGCAACAUCGGACACUUUGAUGUGGAGAUUGAUGUCAAAUGGCUCAAUGAGAACGCUGUGGAGAAAGUGAACAUCAAGCCCCAGGUGGACCGCUAUUGGCUGAAGAAUGGGCGCCGCAUCAUUUUACUGGCUGAGGGCCGGCUGGUCAACCUGGGCUGUGCCAUGGGUCACCCCAGCUUCGUGAUGAGCAACUCCUUCACCAACCAGGUGCUGGCACAAAUUGAGCUGUGGACCCACUCGGACAAGUACCCUGUCGGGGUGCACUUCCUACCCAAAAAGCUGGACGAAGCAGUGGCUGAAGCCCACUUGGGCAAGCUGAAUGUGAAACUGACCAAGUUGACAGAGAAGCAGUCCCAGUAUCUGGGCAUGCCCCGGGAUGGCCCCUUCAAGCCUGAUCACUACCGCUACUGAGAACCAGGCCUGCCCUUCGUCUUCCAGCUGCUGCCCUUGCCCAGUCUCACCUCUCCUGCCCAAGAGCAAAUGGCACCAACUUUGAGAUUGGUUUGUUAAUGCCUCCUGUUGACUCCCUGGAGCUGGUUGCUCAGUCUUUUGCCUCUGCUGCAUUACUCACUGUUCUAAGAGUGUUGCGGAAUUAAUCCCCUCAAGCCCUGGUCAUGACGGGGUACAAAGGAGACACCCAUGGGAUCCAAGAGCUCAGGGGUCUUGGAACUGCUCACUUAUUCAGUCCUUCCUUAGACUGGAAGUUGGCAGUGGUUACAAAGCCCACGCACUUUACUCUAAGCCUUCACCUGGCCUGUGGACUCUACCCAAGUUCACUGGUUACUCACCCCAAACAGAUGAGAAGGAGCAGGGAGGAACCGUUAAUGGCUGUGAUGUUCCUGAGAGCCUAACCCAGUGCUGGGCAUUCUCGUAGCCCUCAGAAAAAUGAGGUCGAUAUUUUCAGUUUCUGUUUUAUAGCGGUUAGAAUAUACUGUUAGGGGACAAGGACGAGAGAAGUGACAGCCAGAGGUUGAGCGGAGCCAGGAAACAUAAAAGCAGGCAUACAUCUGCCACCACUGUGGAACAUGAUGGUUCCUAACACAACUCUGGAUCAAAAAGACUGAUUUGGUUUUAUAAUGUUAAAGAAAAGAGGGAAGUUUGUAAAUAAAAAUUUUGGUGCCUAAAAGCAUUUUGAGCCUUUAUUAUAUAAAUUACUGCCAGUAGUGUACAGCCUGAAUAAGGGUUUAGUUACGUGCCGAUGAAGCAGUGCAAAGAUGAGCUUGGCUGCAGUGUGGGGCAAGAAGGGCUUCUGGCAACCCUGUGGUGUGACGAUGGAGCUCAUCUCUUCUGGUGUAGCUCUUGUAAGUAAGCCUGGUGGUAUUUUUUUUUUUUA